AUGCCUUACUGCCCCAACCCUUGGUUGUUCCAGCAAUUCCAAUCUCAAUCCAAAUCGAAGAGAGACCAAGAGUUCGAAGAAGGUCUGAACCAUAACAGUCCCCUCAGCAACCUCAGUUCCAGCAAGUACCUCCGAAUUUCUACCAAUUUCCACCUCAAGGUUACUACCCACCACAAGGCUUCCCGAACUACCCUCCUCAGCCUAUGCCUUACUUUCCCAACCCUUGGAUGUUCCAGCAAGCUCCACCCCAGCAAUUCCAAUCUCAAUCCAAAUCGAAGAGAGACCAAGAGUUCGAAGAAGGUCUGA